AUGGGCGCCGACGAGAUCGCCGACCUCGCCUCCGUCACGUUCAACCAGGAUGGAAAAUCCCUAGCCGUCGGCCAUGCAUCCGGCUACAUGCUGUAUUCAAUGCAGGACUGCGCCGAGUCGUCAGCCCUGCAGUGCGACCCACACGUCGAGCCCAAGCUCUCCGAUGCGAUCAUUGUCGAGCGGCUGUUCAACUCCUCGUUGGUGGUGAUCGUCUCCCGACUCCAGCCCCGCGUGAUGUACGUCUACCACUCGCAGAGCAAGAACAUGAUCUGCGACUACAAAUACGGCAACACGGUGCUGGCGGUGAAGCUGAACCGCGAGCGAGUGGUCGUGUGUCUUGAAGACGCGCUGUACAUCUACAACCUCAAGGAUAUGAAGAUGAUGCACUCAAUCUGCGACACCCCGCCCAACAAGCACGGCCUUAUCGAUCUGUCUGCAAACGACCAAAAUUGCUACCUGGCUUACCCCGGAAAUCACAACAAUGGAACGGUGUACAUCUUCGACGCAAAAAAUCUCACCUCGGUCAACACGUUCACCGCCCACAACAGCCCGCUAGCGUCGAUGCGGUUCAGCGCCGACGGACAGAAGCUGGCCACCGCCGGCGCCAAGGGUACCGUCAUCCGGGUCUUCUCCCUGCCGAAGGGCGACAAGCUGUUCGAGUUUCAGCGUGGAAUUUCGAGGAACGCCACCAUCUACUCGAUGUGCUUCUCGGCCGACUCGAACUUCUUGUGCACCAGCUCGAACACGGAGACGGUGCACGUCUUCAAGCUGGAACCGCCGGCAAACAAAGACUCUUCCCCCAAUCAAUCGUCAAACGGCGGCUGGAUUGAGUAUUUCCAGUCGAGCCUCCACCUCCCACAGAUGAACGACUUGACGUUGAGGGAGCGGUCCUUUGCCUCAGCCCACCUACCCUCGCCUGGAUCUCGGAAUGUUGCCGCCAUGCCCACGAUUAACGGCAUGCCCCACCUUCUCGUGGCCACCACCGAGGGAUUCCUCUAUUGCUACCGCAUCGAGCACGACGGCGGCGAGUGCCAUCUGGUGCGACAACAUCGGAUUGGACCCCAGAACAACGGCUCGGGGAAGCAGGGAAGCCCUUCCGGAUCGGCCGGAUCGAAUCGAAGUGGCAGGCAUGCUGAUGGGGCAGACCCCCCGAACCCCAACGACAUUGCCGAUUUUCCGCCAAUGACGCACAGCAGCGGA